UGCGUGUUGCAAGAACCCCACCCACCGCGCUAAUUUUAUCUCGAAGAAAAAUCGUGCACUUGGCAUCCAUCGCAGCAGCAACAGCAAUGGCAGCUACCGCUGUUUAUGUUACCAUGACCGCUGCUUCUGUGGUGCCCUCCGCCGUCGCGAGGUCGUCUUUCUCCGGCGUUGCUGUGCAGGGAGUAACCCCCCUCAGCCUCUCCAGAACCUCCCGCUCCUUGAUCGUCACUGCUAGCACGAAGAAGAUCAAGGUUUCUCAACCACUGGGGCCAUCUGGAGACUUAAAGAAGAAGGGUGUUGAUGCUGGUGGCCGAGUUCUCAAGGGCAAGGGUGUGUACCAAUUCGUAGACAAGUAUGGUGCUAACGUCGAUGGGUACAGCCCUAUCUACGCUAGGGAUGAGUGGAGUCAGGGAGGUGACUCGUACGCCGGAGGAACCCCUGCUCUAGCCAUCUGGGCUCUUCUUUUGGGCGGACUUCUCCUCACUGGAGCCUUGCUUGUUUACAACACAUCUGCACUGAGCGGUUAAAAGUAGUUAUGGUGUAAUUUUGUUUUGUACAUUUGAAACCGAUUCGUCGACUAUUAAAUACAAACACUGUCAAGGCAGUUGCGUCUUGACCUUCCUAUCUGCGAUUUGCCAUUAUACAGUCCUGGGUUUCUGAUGUAGUCAAGAGAUCGUAGGUAUAUAGGAUCUGUGCUUGAUGCAGGCCUACUUUGAGUUAGGUGUGUGAUCCCAUUCGUUACUGGCUAUCUAUCCGGAAAAGAAAAAAAAUUGAUGGGAA